GAAUGUAGUUUAGCGUUGGAAAGCAAGGUGCCCGCGUUUGUGUGCUACAAAUUAAACUACUACAUAGUAAAUCACUAAAACUACAUAUUUGGUUUCAGUUAUUGGCAUUUUGAAUUAAAAUUAAUGGUGAAAUAAAAGUGAAGUGUGUGAAGAAAGUGAAAGAUUGGUAAAGCAGUGUAGUGGAAAGUGUUGAGCAGUGGCUGCGCUGUGCUGAAGUCAUACGCGCAGAAAUAACCAAGCAAAAAAAAACUAAAACAACAAAGUGCAAAAGAGGGAGCGUACGCGAAAUCAGGAAAGCAAGUGGAAAUCCUGCAAAAGAAUUUACAAUUUUCUAUGCUUCCACAAAAUAAAAAUAAAAGCGUGCGAAAAAAUUUCAAACAGUUUACUCUAACAUCGUAGCUCUGAACAAGUGUGCGCGAAGAAAUAAAAAUAAUAAUAAAGGAUGAAAAAGAGCUAAAAAUUAAAAUCUAACUUGAAAAAAAGAAAGGUGUCCUCGAACCCAACUUAUCUACUGUUUGCCAGAAGCAGUGAAAAGGUACGGCGUAGUGUAAAAUAAAAGUGCCACAAAAACGCUUGUCACAAUUUUUGCUGCUCUACUUUGCUGCAUUAAGCAGGAAAUGGAUUAAAAGCGGAUUUUGAUCUCUCGAAAGUUGUAACGACGACAACGCUUGGAUUGUAGCAGCUUCGUUUUUCGUUUCGACUUUUGGAAGUAGCAAACCAUGACUCUACGAUCAUGCAGAUAAAAAUAAUGGAUACCAAAAUGCAUUUCUGGGUGAUCCUCUUGAUGACUAUUUUCAUUGAGAAUACCUCGGUGGCAAAGCGGCUGAAUGCUAGUCAAGCCUUUGAUGACACGUGGAACACCGCCUCCGAUUUGGAGAAUGAAUUAGAACAAAAGCGUGGCAAAAGCAGUAGCAGCAGCAGCAGCAUCGGUGGCAUCUCAUCGGCGACGUUGUCGUCCGGCAGCAAAGAUGGCCAAUGGUCUGGUUGGUCGGAAUGGUCGACCUGUUCACGUACCUGCGAUGGCGGCAUAAUGCAACAAAUACGCCGCUGCUUCAACACAAAUGGUUGCAAAGGCGAAAGUGUACGCUAUCGAAUUUGCAACAUGCAGCCAUGUCCGGAGCAACAAGACUUUCGUGCGCAUCAGUGCGCCGCCUACAAUGAUGUGCCCUACGAUGGUACGCUCUACACGUGGACGCCACACUACGACUAUGUGGAACCAUGCGCAUUAACAUGCAGAGGCCGCCCAGCGCACUUACAUUUAGGCGACAGCGCCUCAUCCGAGACCGAAGGCGUUGAAGAUCCCGAACACUAUGACGAUCAUGUGAUCGUACAGCUUUCGGCGCGCGUUCAAGAUGGCACACGCUGUCGAACGGGUAGUCUCGAUAUGUGCAUACAGGGCAAAUGUCAGCGCGUUGGCUGUGAUUUGAAAAUCGGUUCAACGAAAAAAAUCGACAGUUGUGGCGUCUGUGGUGGCGACAGCAGCACCUGUUCGCAGCCACUCUACUAUUGGGAGUCAGCACCAACAAGCCAGUGUUCAGUUACUUGUGGUGGAGGCUACAAGAUGUCUCGUCCUGUGUGUCGAAAUCGUGUCACUGGCGUGGAAGUCGAGGAUACCAUGUGCAGCGGUCCCCAACGACCGGAACCAUCGGUGCUGCUCUGCAACACGCACACCUGUCCUCCGAGGUGGAUUACCGAUGACUGGAGUCCAUGUAGCCGACUCUGCGGUCCUGGCUAUCGUGAGCGCAUGGUUGUGUGCGCAGAGGAGAAUAAUGGCAUCAAGACAACGGUACUGGAUGUUAUGUGUCGAACGCAAAAGCCAGCCACACAGGAGCCUUGCAUGAUUGAGAAGUGUCCAACGUGGGAGGUGGAGGAAUGGACUGGAUGCUCGGUAACCUGCGGCCAAGGCUUGCAAAUGCGUGGCGUUGAAUGCAAAUCGUCCACCGGCAGACAUAGCGCCAAAUGCGACCCAGUUACGAAGCCCGCAUCCGUGCAGCCAUGCGCGACGGGGGUCUCUUGUGAUAGCGGUGGUACAAUUAUACUCGGCAGCAGCGGGCCACGCGCAGCGUCCGAUGACGGAGAUCUGGACGAGGAGGAGGAUGAGGACGAUGAUGAUUCUGCGGAUGUUGACGAUGUCGACGACGAAGGCGGUGACGAAUCUGGCGAUGCUCGCAAUGAUGAUGAUGCCGGUUUAGUGUCAUAUAACGAUGAGUCCGGACCGCAGUACGCGCAUCGCUCGAUCAGUCAUUUGCAUCAUGAUGAGCCGCAACAGCCACGCGCCGAGCGCCUAACUAGCGGUGGCGGUGGUGGUUAUGGUUAUCGCAGUAAUUCGGAUCCAGAAACGCAGGUGCCUGCUGGCGAUCCAAGCUUCGUCAAGGACUCCGAGUGGUCACCUUGCAGCGUCACCUGCGGCGAGGGCGUCCGCCGGCGUGUUUUUCGCUGCAAAAUCUUCCUCGAAUACUCACGCACCAUUGCCACCGUCAACGAUUCGCUCUGCGAAGGCAUCAAACCGCACGAUGAAGUUGAGCGUUGCGUCGGCGAACCAUGCAUGUUGCCCUCGCACCCUUAUGAUGAACAAUAUCCACGCGACUCGAUCAAAGUAGGCGUCUCCGAGCCGGGCAAAACGUAUGUGUGGCGCGAACAAGGCUACACCUCGUGCAGCGCUAGCUGUUUGGGUGGCGUUGAGGAGCUCAUCGUAAAUUGCGUGCGUGAGGAUAACGGACGCGUUGUAUCGCCAUUCCUGUGUUCACAUGAUACGAAGCCAGAAGCGCGCGUACGCACUUGCAACGAUCGACCCUGCCCACCACGUUGGAAUUACUCCGACUAUACACCCUGCUCGAAGUCGUGUGGCAUCGGCAUUAAAACGCGCGAAGUGCAAUGCAUACACGAAGUGACGCGCGGCGGUGAGAAUACAAUGGUGGUGCCGAAUAGCAUGUGUCCACAGCCGCCACCAGCCGAUCGCCAGUACUGCAAUGUGCUCGACUGUCCGGUGCGUUGGGAGGUGGGCGAGUGGUCGAAAUGUUCGCACACUUGCGGCUAUGGCAUUAAAGAGCGCAAGGUGGAGUGCAAGCAAAUAAUGGCACAGGAGCAUAAAAUCGAACGGCCUGAAUCGAUGUGUCCCAGCGCUAAGCCGCCAGACAAGAAGCCAUGCAAUGUGAAACCCUGUCCACUUGAGGAUCCGAAGCCAGUUAUACAAGUCAGCAAUACUACACACAUACAACACGAUCCGAAAAAGUCGAAAAUCACACUCAAAGUAGGUGGCGCUGCAGUGGUCUUCUUUGGCACGCAAGUGAAAAUAAAGUGUCCAGUGAAACGUUAUAAUCGCACAAAGAUAAAGUGGAGUAAGGAUCACAAACCGUUGGCGCGUUCAAGGAAGUUUAAAGUGUCGAAGAAAGGCGCUUUGCGUAUAUUGGACAUAACAUUCCGUGAUGCUGGUGUGUAUUCGUGUCAUGCGGGACAUAGUUCGGCGGAGAUCAACAUUGAAGUGAAGGCGAAGCCUGGACAGCAGCCGGAAGAGCUGAAAUUACAAGAAUCAGAGCGUUUGGUUCGUGAACGCGAUGGCACAGAAGCAUUAACUUCUGCCGAUAUGACCACAGUUGGAGAUGCCACAAACAGCACUUGUGGUCUUUACAGAAAUUCGGCAAUUCAAGAGGACAUCACAUGCUAUUCGACAAGGGUCUACAAUUCGGCAUCGAUUUGGAAAAUUUCGAACAGGACGAACCGGCGCGACCACAAAUCGACACUAAAGAUGUACUAGCGUUCACAUCAACAGCUGCAGCAUCAUCAGAACCGUUGGCUGCAUCAUCGCUUACAGCCGUGGUGGACAUGAAUGGCAGUAACAAUGAGUGGCACGCACAGGUAGCAACAGACCGUAUAAGCGCCAUCAUCAGCACAACUACAGCAGCAACAACAACAACAUUUGGCAAGGCAACACAUGAGGCCGACUCACCACAUUCACCGCAUGCCAGAUGGCAGAAGCAGGGUGGCGAGGCCGAGGCCACAGCGGCACCCGGUAAUCAUGUCACGUACGAAUGGCGCAUCAGUGACUGGUCCGAAUGUUCGGAGAAGUGUGGCAUUGCGGGCGGCGCAGGUUUGCGGCGUCGCUCAAUCACUUGUGUACGUUUACGCCAUCACACGCCCACCAACAACGCUUUGGAGUCGCAUGUCGAGGCCGACAUCGAGGUGGUUGACAACGCGUACUGCGCCGAUUAUGGCCUGAUCAUUCCCGACACGUUCGAAGUGUGCGGCCAGGAGGAGUGUGCCCGUUGGCAGGCUGGCGAUUGGACAUUGUGUCAGCGUGCACGUUGCUUCGGUCGCAAUACAGCCAUACAAAAGCGUGAAGUCAAGUGUCGCUAUGCGAAUGGCACAGAGGCAGCGGACGCCUGCAGUGUGUCACAGCGUCCCAUUAGUCGACAGGAGUGCUAUAGUGAACGUUGUAAGGGUGUUUGGCGUGUGGAGCCAUGGUCGGAGUGUAAUGCGCAAUGCGGUCGCCAGGGAAUUAAAUACCGCAUUUUACAGUGUGUUUGGUAUGGCACACGACGACCGGCGGGCAAUGCGUGUCGCCAUCAGCCGCGUCCUGCGGUAAUGAAAGUGUGCAAGAGUCCGCCCUGCUAUACGAAGUCUUUUGAUCAAUGCAAGGACACUUCACGAUAUUGCCGCAAUGUACGCUCGAUGGGUUUAUGUCGAUUACAUCGUUACCAAGAGAAAUGUUGUAAAUCUUGCAAAUUCAAUGCUUACUACAAUUAACGACAACUCUAUUAUUGGAAAAAGCUGUAAGCGAUAAAGUUUGCGGCUAUGGCUGUGUGUGAGGUAGAGAUCGGUAAAAAAAAAGAGAACUCGUUGGUGUAGUAGCAAAGCUAAAGCAUCAGGAGUUACAAUAACAAACUCACACAACACCACAAAAAAAUAUAAAAAUGAAAUAAAAAUAAGUCAGCAGCAUUCAUCGCGAAAAUCACGAAAGAGGAAGGAAACGAGUCAGCGUUCGACCACUACAACUACCACAAAACACAAAACACAAAAGUAAGAUAAAGUAAUCAUAAUAAAUAGUGAUAGGAUUAAAGGAGACUUCAUAGCGAUUCGUAAAACCGAAGAGGGGGUCAUUAAAUAAAAAAAAACAAAAACGAAAACCUUGUAUGCAAACCAAAAACUAAUUGAAGCGAAUGGUUUGGCAGCAAUGGCAGACAAGCAAAUUACUACAAAAUAAUCUAUUUAUUAUAAAUAGCAAUAAAUAAAUUGAAUGCAUACAGAGCGCGCAACUAAAUAAAUGAAAGCAAAUUCAAGUGAAACUAACUAAGGACACUUUAUAUGAAUAUACAAAAUAAAACAAAAACAUAUUUACAUAAGUGCAUAAAUACCUUAGUAAUAACAACAAUAAAACAGCAAAACAAAAACGAACAAAUGAACGUAGUGAAAGGGCAAAUAACGCAGCGUAAAUAGGCGAGCAGGCAAGACAACAAAAGACCACAUAUACACAUACACAAAAAGGCCUCACAUACAUACUACAUGCAUAACAACAAAGAAUGCAUAUAUAACUACAUAAUAGAAAAAAUUCUAUACAAAAAGUGAAAAGCAAAUAAACAUGAAUGCACUUUAAAUUAAAUAUACAGUUAUAUACUAUAUGUAUUAAUGUCAACAUAUACGGUGGCAGGCCACCAAAUAGGGGCGCGACAUUUUAACAAGGUUUGCCUGCUUCUUUCUUAUUAUUUAAUUUUAAUUGCUUUU